AUAAUGCAGUUUCCAGAGCUGAACAGAGUCAGGAAUCUACUGCUUAAAGCCAUUUUCUUUUUUUCUUCUUCUUCUUCACCUUUCACAUUCAAAACUUUGAUAUAUAUAAUAUAACACCACCAAUUUUAUUAUAUACACAUAGAACAACAAUCAAUACAUUUCUCCAUUGAUCUUUAUCAUUAUCAUAACUCCUUGCUCAAAAAAUGGAAACCGCCGCCGCAUCAUCUCCAAUGCCGCCGAGCAAACAAACCCCACACGACGGCGGCCACUGCCCGAAACCCUACCGGAAAAGCUUCGUGGGCUCUCUGAUGGAUGCGGCGGCGACCCUCCGCGCGCCGUCGUUCAAGGAGGACAGCUACUUCAUCUCCCACCUCAAAACCUCCGAGCGCAGGGCUCUGAAAGACCUCAAAGACAAGCUCUCCUCAGCCGCCACCGGCCCCACAUCCAUGUGGGGCGUCCCUCUUCUCUCCGACGACCGGGCUGACGUCAUCCUUCUGAAAUUUCUCCGCGCCCGAGACUUCCGCGUCGGGGACGCCCUGAACAUGCUCCUCAAGUGCCUGGCCUGGAGGAAGGAGUUCGGAGCCGAAGCCAUCGCCGACGAGGACCUGGGCUUCGACGGCGAGCUCGAAACCGCCGUGGCCUACAUGCACGGAUUCGACCGGGAAGGGCGGCCCGUUUGCUACAACGCGUACGGUGUGUUCAAGGACAGGGGUCUGUAUGAGAGGGUUCUGGGGGACGAGGAAAAGGUCCGGCGGUUCCUCCGGUGGAGGGUUCAGGUUCUGGAGAAAGGGAUCAAGAUGCUGAAUUUCAAGCCCGGCGGCGUUAAUUCCAUUAUUCAGGUCACAGAUCUUAAGGAUAUGCCCAAGAGGGAUCUCAGGCUUGCGUCAAACCAGAUUCUUGCUCUGUUUCAGGACAAUUAUCCUGAGAUGGUUGCAAAAAAGAUCUUUAUAAACGUGCCGUGGUACUUUAGCUUGGUGUAUUCAAUGUUCAGUCCGUUUCUAACUCAGAGGACCAAGAGUAAGUUUGUGAUAUCCAAGGAAGGAAAUGUAGCUGAGACACUGUACAAAUUCAUUAGCCCGGAGAAUGUCCCGGUUCAGUACGGUGGCCUGAGUCGACCCAACGAUUUACUGAACGGCCCACCUAAACCGGCAUCCGAGUUCACAGUCAAAGGAGGAGAAAAAGUUAACAUUCAAAUUGAGGGCAUUGAGGGUGGUUCAACAAUAGCAUGGGAGCUAGUUGUUGGGGGCUGGGAAUUGGAUUACAGUGCGGAAUUUGUGCCGAACGCGCAGAGCAGCUACACGAUGGUGGUGGAGAAACAGCGGCGUAUGGGAGCAGACGAUGAGUCGGUUCACAACUCGUUUGCGGCCCCACAACCCGGAAAAUUGGUCCUAUCCGUCGAUAACACGGCCUCCCGCUGCCGGAAAGUGGCUGCCUACCGAUAUGUAGUGCGCAAAUCGGCAUCUGGUGUUGCCUAGGAAUAUUAUAGCCCAGCUGGUUUUUAUGUCUUCUUUUUAUAUUUCUUGAUUUCUACUACUUUCUUGUUUGUUUGUUGCUGAAUCACCUAUGGUGUCAUGUAAAAUGGUGGUAUUAAUUAUAAAUCAUAAUCACUGCUAAUUAAAUUUAUACCCAGUGUAACUUAGUUUAACUUUCAUCAACAGGUUCACUAGUCACUGUAUACAGAGUCCCAUAAAAAAGGGUUCAUCUUUUCUUCAAAAGACAAAAACAAAGAAAAAAACAGAACAAAAAGGGUGGUGAUGACAAUGAACUUUAUUCAAGGUCUUCAUACUACAGUGUGGUCAAUAUAGUCUUAAUUUCAUAUUCACUUU